AUGGAGGAUGUGGAACAAGCUUGGAGGGUUUUGUCCUGUAAGAGGUCUGUUUUGCUGAAUGUGGAAGAUAUCUUAGGCCAUUCUAUCUGUGCUGCCUGGGUUGAUAGGGUUGCAAAACGCAUCAGAGGAAAUUCAGGCUCAUUGGAACGAGACAGAAGAGCAAGUGUUGUUCGUGCAAAGUAUGCCAUUAGCAGUGACGAGGAUCUUCUGAAGGUAUGUGCAAUGUUUCCAGAACUGAUCCAUCGUUGA